AAAAUUCUCUCUCAAUAAAUAGAGGUAUUGGAUGAUAUAUAAACGUAACUUGGGGUAGUGAGAUCGAGAAUAAUUACCUCUUUGAACUAGUCCAUAUUUCAUAUUCAGUCGCUCUACGGAACUGGUUUAUUAGUGAAAGUAGCCCUCUAGAAUUGAUUUUCCAAUGGCUCUUUUACGAUAUUACUGUCCCGUUUUGCCAAAAUAAUACACUAAACGCUUUGGAAAAGAUAGGCAAUUUUGUGGAUGAAAAUACAUUUCACAUGGAACCUCUUUAUUUGGCACCACUCUCUUAUCUCUGUCUCCCACCGCACACUACAUUUCAUUGUGCCCAAUAGUAUUACCUUUUACCUUAGAAUUCAGUAAAAAUGGACGCCUGCUAUGGGGAUUGUACAGGCGAAGAUAAAUAGCAGAAUUUAUGACUAAAAUUUAGACAGGGACUGAGACUGAGACUGAGACUGAGACUGAGACUGUACUUCCACAACUGUUGAAGUCAGUUAUUAGUUCAGUACAAGGAGUGAAUUUUGGGGGAAAAAGAGAGAACUUUAUGAUCAUUAGUUAAGAAAUGACCACAGCAUAAAAGGGACACUCUCCUACAAGAAUUUAUUAUCUUCAGCUAUGACGGAUUUUUAAAUGGGAUCAUGGUACAUGAAAUAAUUGAGACGGCGGAUCUUGAUCAGGAGCAAAGUGCACAACCCAUGGCUACAAAGAUGUUCGCUAAGAAAAAUGAUCUUCUUUCCACUGCCAUGAAGAGAACUAGUGAAUGGAUCUUUUCGCAGGAAAUCCCAAGCGACGUAACUGUUAGUGCAGGAGGAACUUCCUUUUCAUUGCACAAGUUCCCAUUGGUCUCAAAAUGUGGAUACGUGAGGAAGUUAGUAUCAGGAUCCUCUGAUACUGAUCUUGCUGUUAUCAAAAUCCCUGAUAUUCCCGGAGGAGCAGAGGCGUUUGAACUAGCUGCAAAAUUUUGUUAUGGAAUAAACUUUGAGCUAAGUACAGAAAACAUUGCCAUGCUUAGGUGCGUAGCAGAAUAUCUUGAGAUGACAGAAGACUAUGCAGUUGAAAAUUUAGUUGAAAGAACAGAGAAAUACCUAAACGAAGUGGCACUAAAGAGCCUUGCCGGGGCAGUUACCAUUUUGCAUUCUUCCGAAAACCUUCUUCCCCUAGCUGAAAAAGUAAAAUUGGUAAGCCGAUGCAUAGAUAUGAUAGCAUUUGUGGCCUGUAGAGAUGGCCAAUUUAGCUCACCGGGGAGGGUGGAGAGUGACAAGAAUAAUUCGAUAUCCUCCAAAUCGUCCAUGUCCAGUACGAAGCCCGUUGUUGAUUGGUGGGCUGAAGAUUUGACUGUCCUUCGAAUCAAUUUCUUUCAAAGGGUUCUCGUUGCAAUGAUGGCAAGGGGAUUCAAACAAUAUGCUCUUGGUCCAAUAUUAAUGCUGUAUGCACAAAAAUCUCUUCGUGGGUUGGAAAUUUUUGGAAAGGGUAGGAAGAAAAUCGAGGCAAGAGAAGAACACGAGAAACGGGUUGUUUUGGAAACAAUAGUUAGUCUUCUGCCAAGAGAGAAGAAUGCCAUGUCAGUUAGCUUUCUUUCGAUGCUUCUUCGAGCUGCAAUACAUCUUGAAACAACAGUUGCUUGCAGGCUCGACUUGGAAAAGAGGAUGGCCUUGCAACUAGCACAGGCCGUGUUAGACGAUUUACUAAUUCCUUCUUAUUCUUUCACUGGGGAUACAUUGUUUGAUGUUGAAACUGUGCAGAGGAUAAUGAUGAAUUACAUGGAAUAUGAAAUGGAGGGGAAUAGAUCGGGUUACAAUGCAGACAAAGAGUAUAUUUCUCCUUCACAAAGUGAUAUGGAGUGUGUCUCGAGGUUAAUGGAGAGCUAUCUUGCUGAAAUUGCUUCUGACCGCAAUUUAUCUGUAUCAAAGUUUAUCAGCCUUGCAGAACUAAUUCCUGAACAGUCACGAAUAACAGAAGACGGAAUGUACAGGUCCAUUGAUAUCUACUUGAAGGCUCAUCCGGCAUUAAGUGAUAUGGAGAGAAAGAAAGUUUGCAGUGUGAUGGACUGUCAAAAGCUUUCUCGGGAAGCUUGUGCUCAUGCAGCUCAAAAUGACAGACUACCGGUCCAGACGGUAGUUCAAGUGCUUUACUACGAGCAACAACGCCUCAGGGAAGUCAUGGACAGCAGCCUCAAUGAUUCUCCUUCUCUUCCAACCAAACCGAAUAGAUUCUCCAUUGACAUCCACCCUGUACCAGAUGAGCUCUCGACUCUACGUAAAGAAAAUCAAGACCUGAAACUCGAGUUGGUGAAAAUGAAAAUGAGAUUGAAAGAAAUCGCAAAAUCUGAUGAUCCUAAAGCAUCAUUUGGUAGUCCCUCAGGCAAUCGUCUAUCCUUUGAUAAGCCUCCAUUGCCUAGAAAAUCUUUCAUAAGCUCCGUCUCGAAAACCCUUGGCAGAUUUAUUCGUGCUGAUGGAAUCAUACCCCAAAGCACCAAACGUCAGAAUAAACCAAGCAAAGAUAGGCGACAUUCCAUAUCAUGAUAAAUUUGGUUCGGAUCAUGUUACUAUCAAAUGAAGGUAUUUCAUUGCAUUGUUCUUAUCUUGAGAAAGGGUUCUGGAUUUAGUGUCUCUGUUCUUUUCUGUGUGACAUGUAUGUCAAUUAUAAUGCAAGUGCAUUUUAUUCAUAAAUGUAAAAGAUUAUGAAUCUUGAUGCAUAUAAUUUUUAUUAUCUUGCUAUUGAUUUGA